AACUGGACUGGGUAUCCACCAAAAAUCGGUUCAACCCGCCCCGAACAUAAAUUUCAAUUUUGUGCAUUUUGUUUUCGUUUUCUUCUUCCCACCUUCGCCAUUUGGAGCUGUUCAGAGUCUCAAACAUGGCUGCAACACCAUACACCCAAUCCCAAUCUCAAUGGGAUUUUACCAGUGAUUUGGAAGUAGAUUUUGGAUCUGAAGAGAAUGCUUCGGUUGUAUAUGCUACCAUAACCGUUGAUAAUGAGUUGCAACCUGAUAAAGUAAAACGAAUCAUGACAGUGUCUGAUGGAAAACUAUUAGUGCACUUUGAGGCAAUAGAAGCCAGAUUUCUUAGAGCAUCAAUCAGUGCUUUUGUAGAUGUCCUUACUCUAGCCACUAAAACAAUCGAAGAAUUUGGUCAAUAAAUGGAGUUCUCACUUCUUAAGUAUGCUGAAUUUGUAUGUACCUCGAGGUAGACGUUGGCGUUUCUUUUAUCGUAGCGCGGACAGCUGCGAAUUACAAAUCAGGUAAGAAAAUAUAUAAACUUAUGUCUAUGGUUGUAUCAUAGAAAAAUGGAAUGAAAUAAGUUGAAUACAAUGAAAUAACACACCAUUCCUGAAAUGCCGCCAAUCAUCUUCAUCAUCUAGGUGGCAUCCUAUAUAUUUUGAUUUUGUUGAGUUGGUACCAAGCAAGGUCUCCCCAACUGUUGAAUUUGUGAAUAUGAGAUAUGUUAUAAUUGAAAAUCACAGGAAUAGUGCUUACUAAUGAAUAGCAUAAAUAAACUACAUUGUGAAAAUAAUGACUUCUUAACUUACCUGGCAAAAUGUAACGCUUGUGAUGUUUUGGAGUACUAAUCACCAGAGACUGUUGUGUAUGCCCCUCAUAAUCCAUAAAAGCAUGGCAUGUCUUUAUUCUCUAAUGUACCACAUUAUAAAAAUACUAUGUUAUGACAGCUUAUUUUCAAAAACUCUGAAGUACAACUUCUGAAAAUAAUGACUAUUUUUCAUCUCUUGAAGUAAAAAUAACUUAUACAGAACAGUUAUAUGAUAAGUGCUUAUAGUAUAAGCACUUAACUAAGUUGUUUAUCUGAUAAGGGUGGAAGCAUACCUGCUCAACACACGAUAAACGUAGCUCUUCCCCAAAAACUUCAUUGACCUUCUCAUCUAACAAAUCACUCACCUUAUAGGCUACAGAUCCUAAAUGAUCCACAGUAUUUACAAGAGCUUUGAUGGCAUAAUCCUUCAAUGUUUCAACCAAUCUGCAAAUAAAAGACAAUUAAGAGAUGAUGAAAACUAAAGAAGAAUAUAAACGAUACAAUUGUUUAUACUCAAGCAAAUUAACUCACAUUUGUUUUUGGUCAUCAUUGGUGUAUGAGAGUUCAAAAUAUUCAGCAGCUGAGUACAAUUGCGUUCUCAGAUUUUUCAAAUCCUGUAAGUAUAGAUGGAAAAAAAAAUCACACUUAAAACUCUAUUAUAUAAAAUUAAAGGAAGAAUUAUUGGAUCGAAGUUACCUUUAGACUAUCAUCAAAGAGCAAGGUUUGAUGCAUGAAAACUUCAUCAUAAUUAGAAGGCAUUCGAGAUAGAGGCUGUGUUGAAAUCUUCCCCAUGAAUUUGAAAAAUGGAAGAAGAUGGAAGAAGGUUCAAUCUAUAAAAUUGACAAAGUACAUGAAAAUUGAAGUUAGAAGAGACACAAAAGUAAACAAGAUAAAGUUAAUGAAGACAAAGAAGACAUGUUAUAUCAUCACAAUUCACAAUUAAAAUAAUAAUAAUAAACUUCUUAGACCUAAAUAGUUCAAAAUUAAAAAGCUAUGAUAAGUCCUAGAAGACAUAUGAAGGAAAAGAGACAGCAUCAAACUAACAACCAUUACUAUGAUAAACAAAUGAGAAAAGAUAUGUUUACAUCCAUUUUUAACACCUACACUGUAAACAAAUACUAUUAAUGUAAAAAUAUAGCUCUUCCUCCUCAAAAUUCUAAUGGUAGUUCGCAACCACAAUUGUGACCGAAAUAUAAAGGUUUUUGAGAUCUACACAACAUCAAAUGCAAGACACAUAUGUUCUCAUUUUUCUGAAAUAUCAAGGCUCACAGAAUUUAAUAGUUCUCCUCCUUUCAUGUUAGACAAGAAAUCAAACAUAAGAAUAGAAUCCUAUGAUUGUGUGUAAAUCUUCACCAACACAUACAUAUUAUACUAAAUUUACAAUUCACCCUCAAAAGCCAAGAAAAACAAUCCUUAAUAACAUCAAAAUAAUAAACAAGCAUAAAAACAAAACAAUGAGGGAGCUUUUAUAGGUUUAUUUCCAAAUUAAGCUCAACAACACACUCACUCACCCCAAUUCAAACAACUUAAAAGGAGUGUAUAGUUGAGUAACUAAAGGUUGAAACUUUUCCUUCUUGUGAUUAUAAUAGCUCUCAAAAACCAAAUAACAAGUGACCCAUUUGCUUACUUAAGAACAUAGAAUGCAACAAACAAACAGGGCAUACAAGGAAAAUGGAGAAACAGUUGCAAACCUUGGACACUUUUUCAACGAGUUUCUUGUUUUUCAACUUAGAUGGAAACAGAAUGAGAGAGAUGAAAAUUUAGGUCCUUUAAAAUGUCAAAGAAAGCACGUUGUGGACCACAGUUUUUAGACUCCAUAAAUGCACCAGAAUGAUUUGGUACUGCGUUUGAGGAAAGUGACACACUCACCAAAGAAUGGUUUGUGAAAAAAGCAACAACUAAAGGUGCAGCAGAGUUGAGAAAGUGAUGAAGAUUUGGUGAGUUAUGUUUGAAGCAUGUUGGCUUAAAUAUCAUUUAGGCCAUAAUUUCUAGUGUAUAAUUGUUUCCACUUUUAAAUAAGUGAAAAUUGAUUCAUGAAGUAUAUAAUGUUUAUAUUUGGCAAUAAAAAUUAAAAUUUUACUUUAA